AUAAUUAAAAAAAAAUAAUUAAAUAAAAUUGCGCACAAUGAAAAUACAAUAUUCGAGAACAUCAUCAUGUACUUGCUACUUGUGUUGUGCUUCUUGCCCGCAAUCAAAUCCGCAUCUUUCCCCAGUUCGAUUAAACUAUGUUCGAAAAAGGAUCCAGACUUUUCCGGCUGUGCGUCCGCAAACAUGAUGGAUGCGUUGCAAAUUUUAAAAAAUGGUGAUAAAAAUUUGGGCAUACCUAUAUUGGACCCGUUCUUUGUACCUAAAAUGGACAUUGCCGGAAACGAAGGGGCUGCCGUAAACCUGGAUCAGAAGUACAACGACGUGAAUUUUUACGGCAUGACCGUUGGAACCGCCAGAGACUUCAAAAUCGAUUUUGAUAAAUGCCACUGGGAAUUCAAAGUGGUGUCGCCGAAAAUCGAAAUGAUUUCCAAGUACGUGAUGAAAGGUAAAUUACUGGUGUUCCCAAUAAACGGACAUGGCAACAGCAACGUGACAAUUACAAACCUGGACGUAGCCUACCAAAUGGACUGUGACUACCAGACGAAAGAAGGCAAACGUUACGUCCAACUCAAAAACAUUAAGAUGAAAAUGAGCGAUCCUGAACACGUGUCGUUCAAUUUCGAGAACAUAAUACCCGGAAAUCCGACAGUGAGUGAGUCCGUCGCCGCCACCAUCAACGAGAAUUCGGACACGAUUUUCCGUGAUGUUAAAGGCGCAUUCGAGCAGGUCUUUCAACAAAUCUACACGCAAAUUAUGAACUCAAUCUUCUCCAAAAUUCCCAUUGAUGAGGUGUUUUUAGAUUAGAUUAAACCACAGAAAAUAUAUCUUACUCUUAUUAUAUAUAAUAAUAAUUUAUUAAUUGGCUAAAUUAUUAUACUAUUAAUCAUUGUAUUAUAUGCUUUAAAAUCAAACUUAA